UUCUCCUCCUCGUUCCCCUGCUCCCCCUGCCCCUCGCGUUUCCAUCCCGUCGGUCACCUCAUCCCCCUCUCCUCCCCCGCUGGCCGCACAAUGCUGUCACACUUUGCUCGCCUUGGCCUCGUUGGACCGGCCCCCGGGCGUCCGCUGUCCGCGACCAGUCGUCUGGCCGCCCCUCUGGCCCCCACCAUCUCACCAAAUGCCAUGAUGACGCCCUUUGUGUCGGUUCGUACCAUGGCCUCGGCCAGCUCGAUGUACGGGCAGAAGUUUGGCCAGUCGCCCAUGGCCGGCGCCUUCCGUCCGCUGCUUGCGGCCGGUGCCACAACGAUCGGCUUUUACUCCAUUGCUGCCAUCACGUCGCGCUUUGGUCGUGCUGUCGCUGCCAAGAAGCAGCUCUCCGGCCGCCCAGCCGUCAAGCGCCCGAUCAUCUUCGGUCUUGAUGCCUCGACACUGGCCUUCCUGACAGUGCAGACGGGUAUCUUCGCGUCCUGGACCACCCAGCGCAACAUGAAUACCAUGUACCGGCUGUUUACCUACAAUACCGCGCGGCCGACUUUCACUUCUUCGCUCCUGUCAACCGUGUCCCACGCGACACCUCUGCACUUCGGCUUCAACUCCUUUGCCUUCUACAGUCUUUCGCGAAUCCCCUUCUUCUGGAAUGAUCGGUCCUUCUUCUUUGCCACACUCCUGUCUGGAUCCGCGGUGGCCACUGCCAUCACUGGCGCCUACAGCACCUUGACUCGAUCCCCGGUGUCGCUGCUCGGCCUGUCGGGCGGUCUCUAUGCCCUCUUUUCUUACUAUGUCAUGCGCGACCCGGACGCCCGGUUCGGCAUCAUCUUCCUGCCGGGGAUUUCCCUCCGGGGUCCCGAGAUGCUGCUGCUUGCGUCCGCCUUCGAGAUUGCUGGUGUGCUGAAGCUCUUCCGGAGCUCGAUCUCACAUACGUCCCAUCUGGGUGGCAUGCUCUUUGGCCUGCUGGCCUUCUACGGCAUUACGCCGAUUUGGGAGAGGCGUGACCGGUUCCUGGGGCCGAUCAAUCGCCUCAUCGACCAGGUGGCCUUCAAGCUGGCUUGAGCGGCCCACUUCUCUUUCUCCCUCCUCGCGCCUUUUCCCCCCUUCUCCCCCUCUCUUCCGAGAGCUGGCAUUUGUACCUCUCCCCCUUCCCUCCUCGCCCUCCGUCGGGAGGGCGAAUAGACAUGCCAGUGGGUCUCUCUCUCUC